UGGAACAGUCAUGAAUGGUGAUGCUCUUUGUCAAGAACCUCCCUCCCAGCUUCCUGACUGGCGGGAAUUCUGCGAGCUCCAUGCCCAGGCUGCUGCAGUGGACUUUGCUCAGAAAUUCUGCCAGUUCCUGAAAGAAAAUCCCCACUACGACACCCCUGGAGCCGAGACUUCCUUCUCUCAUCAUUUUGCAGCAAAUUUCUUGGACAUCUUCAGCCUGGAGGUCAACAGGGUGUUUGUGUCCAAUUCCCCUACGAAAUAUAAUAUUGUCCCAUUUGUGGGCCUUCAGAACUGCCACAUGCCUUAUGGACGGGAUCUCUUGCCAAGGAAAGAGCAGACUUCCGUGGAGUCUCUAGAUAGCAUGGACCACACGCUCACCUCCAGCAGGUACUUAAGCCAAACCCAACAGGCUCAGGCAAGAAAAGUCUCCUCCUAUGGCCAGUCCCGAAGCUCAGAAGAUGUCUCUGUGCACAGUUCUUCUAAAACAAAAUUCAAGAAAGGUUUUUCUCUGAGGAACAUGAGCUUGUGCGUGGUGGAUGGCAUGAAGGAGAUGUGGCAUCGGCGGUCUUCUCCAGAGCCAGGCGCGGAAGCCAUGCAAAGCAAACAGUCUGAGCGGGAACAUUGUCCUCCGGGUAGCAAAGAACACAGCGAAUCCAGAGAGAAAUGGACCCACAAACUCUGGCUUUCAAAGGGGCAAUCUUCUAAAGUGGAUUUAGUGGACAUUCAGAGAGAGGGAACCCUUCGCUACAUGGUUGCUGAUGACACAAACUGUGUGGGUAGCUCUCAGUGGCAAAAAUGCCGUUUGCUGCUAAGGAAAGCAGUAAAGAUAGAGGGGGAAAGGUUCCUUCUAGAGUUCUACGUUCCUCCUAAGGUAACCAGACUUCAUUACUGAAG